GCUACUAUCCGUGUCUGGUUUUCUCGCCUCCCCUCCAGCCCGGAGACGACGCGCUCUACCCGGGCUUAGCCCGAAGAAGGUCGGUGUCUGGCAGGAGGGAGCGAGGAGAGCGAGCGGGGCUGCCCUGGCCGUGGCUGUGUGUGACACGAGAGGGUUUGACGUUUUGACGACGAGAAGCGAGCGAACAGUGCGGCGACGUGGCCACCGGGGGCCCCCCUGCCCUGCUCGCCCGCCCGCCCGCCCGCCUGUCAUGACCGCGUCGGUGUGGGAGCCCAGCAGCAGCGGAACGACUCGCCAUCAGCGGCGGCGAGCUAAAUUUGCCGAGGAGGGGAAACGCAUACAAGGUCUGGCUGUCUCCGUGGAGUAUUAUUAGCACUUCAGACGGCCCAAGUGAUUCUCUCUCUCUGGUCAUGCACUGCCAGUUUCCACAGCCCAAAAACACACAAUAGAGGUGUAUUUUAGACAUAAUUGAGACCAAAAUCUGGCUCCCAUGCUGGCUGUAAAAAAAUCUCCCCUCCAUUUCCUCAGCCAUGCCUGCCACCACCAAAUCCACAAGAAGACAAACCCCCGCUCAGAGAAAGAAUGGCCAGAAAGUCGCCAACACCAGACGACAAACCAGCAACUCAAAUAAGGGCAGGGGACGAGCCUCGGAGCGUCUCCAGAAGGUCACGACUGCUCCCACAAGGUCGACUGCCAGGGCUCAGUCCCGAUCGGGCCGGAGCCCCCGGGGACGAGGGACAGGUAGCCGGUCCGCAGCUCAGGGCAAUGCGUCUCUGGGUAGAGGUAACCAUGCCUUAAGUGUAACAGGAUCCGCAAGGCUUAGAGGGUUGAGCAAGGUGCCUGACCACUAUGGCGAGUUAGAUGACACCCUAUGGCGAAGGAAGUCCCCACGGGGGGCGCAGGAGUCAGCUGAUUCCUGCUUGCCACCCAAACUGUGCAGGGGUGCGAGAAAGACCCGGGGAAGAGCUAACACCCGGAACCAGCCGUUGAAAAAAAGCAACAACGACCCGACUACUGAUAAGGACCUUCGGAAAGCAGAUCCCGAACAUCUUCUGCCGGUUUCUCUGAAAACAGAUUUCCAAGGUCCUGCUCAUGUCAAAGGUGCUAAAGAAGGCAGCCCCCUCAAAGCGGACUCUCCGCCAUGUAAUGACAACCUGGAGGACUGUGUUCCUCUAGACAACCAGACAAGCAUUAUCAGUGAGGCUGUGACCGAGGCCUCAUCGAGUGGAGAUCUGCAACCGGACCUCUGUGACGUCGCUAGUAAAGAUAGCCCCCGCGAACUAGCUGCUACGAGGAUUGCCUCUCCUGUUUCGCAAGGACUGCAAACGUCAUGUUUCACGGGACACAAACUCAGUCAUGUCAAAGACGAUGUUGAUGCGAUCUUGGGAGAGACGAGGAACGACAACUCUAAGAUAGAGUUGACCGUGGAGAGACUGGCAGAGAAAACAUCUGAGAGGUUGGAUGAGGUGAAGCAAGAGACAGUGGAUGUUGUUGAGGGGCUGGUUGUUGGUGAGAGACUACCAAAAGAGAAAAAUUCUACUGAAUCCCACCUCAGUACACCAGUUCUCUCACAACCUCCAGAUACACCUCAGUCCAUCAAUGGACCGCCGGAACAGCCGUUUGACAAGGUGCUAACUGUUCCAAACACAGCUACCUCAAAUCCCACCAAAGCCCCCGAAACCUCAGAGUCAUCCCAACCAGAGGUUCCGAGGCAGGACGGGACAAACAUGCAAACUGUGGUUCAUGGUGUUAAACCUCCAGUCCUGAAAUCCUCUGCUGUACCAGAGACCUCGAUGUCGCAACGUACCAACCCGGUAGCAAGGAGUACCCCGGUUAUUAUCCGUAGUGACUCCCUAAAAGCAAGGAGCUUCUGGGAGCGACUGCAAACUCUGGAGAACCCUCCUCUUCCUGCGCCGCAAGCCAAAAAUAGGAAGCCCUCUCCUGAACCAAUGGAGCGCCACAGCCAGGUUGAGACUCCAGCAGUCUUCAACGAGGAUAGGGGUGUAAUAGUCGCAGCGCCUGAGCUAGAACUGCCGCCAAAGAUCUCGACACCCUCUCUGGACGGCAGCUCUGCCUUUUCCUACAGCUCAGAGAGUACGCGCUCCUCCUUCUCUUUGGAAACCGAGUCUGAGCAGGGCUACGGCGAAUCCUCCCUAACAUUGGUAUCCUGGGGGUGUGAGGGAGGACGCUGCCCGCCCUCCUGGAAGCAACAGCAGCGCAAGGAGCGGCGAAAGCGGAGCAGGUGCGGGAGGUGCGAGCCAUGCCUGAGGACCAUCAGCUGCGGCCGGUGCAGCUGCUGCCUCAACCGCAGCACUGGCCACCAGAUCUGUAAGUUGAGGAAGUGUGUGGAACUGAAGAGGAGGAGGCCGUCUACUCCGCUCACUCUCCCUGCUGUACAGGUGGUUCCAGAAAGUGGUUCGUUCAAUGGCAAAGGGGAGGCACAGAUGGAUGGCACCCACAUGGCGGCAGAGGAGGACGAGGAGGAGGAAGGCCACAUACAGCAUACAAAAACUCCCCCCGUCACCAGCUCGCUUCACCACAACCUGGACCUCGGCGGACGGCCGGCACUUAUUCAGCGAGAGCUCGGGCUGCAGCUGAGCAACAUUGCACUUCACCAACAUGUACGCGCUUCUGUGAAUUUCCACAACGGUUCCUCCGAAAACCCGACUAAACCUAUCGGUGCUAAUGUGACCGCCGGGUGUCACGCUGACCUAAAGUCUGCAUAUCACAGGGCUAUGAUGGCCUCCGAGCCUCAAAGGAACCGAACAGCCAGCAUCCCCUCUAACAACAGACCCAAGACUCCUCCGCAUGACACGUCGGUCCCACUGAAGAGGAUCAAACUGGAGGAGAACGAAGAGGUGAUCACCGCACAUUUGGGCGACGAAGACGAUGUCUGCGAAGACCCUCUGUCCACUUUGGCAGCUGUGGUGUGUCUCUCCGUCACAGAGAGGCGAGGGCUGGAGGAGAAACUCUUCAGCUCACGUCCUUCUGCUCUUCGGUGCAUCAAAACGGAACCAACAGAUCUGCACUUAAUCAAGAAAGAGUCCGAGGAUUUAAGGAAGGAUGAGUGUCGCACUCCGGGUAGCCUACCGAGGACUCCCCAGACUAUCAAAAGCGAACCGCCUUCAAAUGACCUGUUACCAAGCGUGCAGUCUUUGGCAGAGAAGAGGAAUCUUAGUUUUGACCAGGCUAUCGCCAUUGAGGCCUUAACUCAACUGGCAGCUAUACCUCAACGCACCCCAGUGUUUAUUAAAGCCGAACGAAAGUGUGAACCCCCCGUUUCUGCGAUCACACCGCGAGCAACCUCAACACAAGAAGCCAAACCCACAGCAGCAAUCCGGUACAACAAAGUUUCAGUCAUCAGCUCACCAGUUCAUCAGACGUCAGUGAUUCACCCGCCUGUGGCCAGACAGGGCAACGUCAUACAACGUUGCCAGGACACGAGGCCGGCUGACCUCUCAGGAGACGGUAACGGGGCACCCUGCAGUAGGACGUACCAAAGCUUCGGCUCUCGUGUCAUCAAGUCAGAAUACGAGCGUAACUUUUGGGAAGACCGGGAGAGACCGAAAAUGAUGAGGAACCGAGACGAAGAGGAGGUGGCCGCCCAAUUGGCGGACUUGGCCUUCAUCAUCCAGUCGCGACAGAACCAGCUGUCCGAGGGAAAUCGCAUGAAGGGGACGCCAGUGUCAGCCAUCAAAUACAACUACCACUCACAGUUAUCCCCCAGUCAGAAAAAGACCCCUGUAAAGAAAACUAAAACGACUCCUUCAAAGCCCAGGAAGAAGAAGAUAAAUGAGGAACCACAGGAGGGAUUCAACCGCAGGACCCCGCUUUCAAAACGCAAUGGAAAUGCAUCCCAUCGAAGCAGAGGAAAGAAACCCCCCCUGUCUGGCAAAUUAGGUCUCCCCCAUAGGAGGAACCUGUUUCUUCCCCAGGCUCAGAUUGACCUGAAGCGAUACCUGGCUGAAGCUCAAGAGGAAGCAAGGCAACUCAUCCAUCACAGUACGCAGACUCACCACUACAGGACCAACCAGAGCCUCGGCCAUGAGAACCAGCUAUUGUCUUAUCUGCACAAUCCACUCCACCAACACAAUCCUGCUGCAGGACCAGGGCAGGAAAGGUGUUUAUUAACUCAGGUAGCUCAGCCCUGCGAAGGGCUGCGGCACGGUGCUGAUCCCGGGGUGGCUCACCUCGGCCACGCCACCUUCCCUGGUCUGGCCAACGGCCUUGCGGGUGCUCGCCAGUCCCCGCCUCCAAGCCAGCGGAGCUACUACAAGCUGGAGAGGUCGGGGCCCGUCACUGUCUUGUCUGCGUCUGCUGAUGGAGAUGCGGGGCACUCGGCGGGGUCGACGCCAUCCAAACACAGUGUUACCAGCUUCCUGGAGUCGCCCAUGGCUUUUCUGGACACCCCGACAAAGAACCUGCUCAACACGCCCUCCAAAAAGCUGUCUGAUCUUCCUCGUUGUCAAUGUGUGGACCAGAUCAUUGAAAAGGAAGAAGGUCCUUACUACACUCACCUUGGAGCAGGACCCAGUGUUGCCGCAGUGAGGGAAUUGAUGGAGAACAGAUACGGCGCCAAGGGAAAUGCAGUGCGGUUGGAAGUUGUUGUCUACACUGGAAAAGAAGGAAGGAGCUCCCAGGGGUGUCCGAUCGCUAAAUGGGUGGUCCGGCGUGGCAGCGAGGAGGAGAAGCUGCUGUGUUUAGUGCGGCGGAGGCCGGGGCACCACUGUGACACGGCUGUACUGGUCAUCCUCAUCCUGGCCUGGGAGGGAAUCCCGCGGGCGGUGGCGGACCACCUCUACCAGGAGCUCACGGAGACCCUCUUCAAAUACGGGUCGCCCACCAGCCGACGCUGCGCCCUCAACGAAGAUCGUACCUGUGCCUGUCAGGGUUUGGACCCGGAUACCUGCGGAGCAUCCUUCUCCUUUGGCUGUUCGUGGAGUAUGUACUUCAAUGGCUGCAAGUUUGCCCGGAGCAAAGUGCCACGCAAGUUCCGCCUGCUUGGUGACUACCGGGAGCAGGAGGAGAAGAUAGAGAAAAACCUCCAGAGUCUUGCCACUGACCUUGCACCACUGUACAAGUGCCUCGCUCCUGAAGCCUUCCAGAACCAGGUGGAACAGGAGGAGAAAGGUGACUCCUGCCGGCUAGGCUGGAGGGAGGGGCGUCCGUUCUCGGGAGUCACGGCUUGCGUGGACUUCUGCGCGCACGCUCACAAGGACAACCACAACAUGAAUAAUGGCAGCACUGUGGUUUGCACUUUAACAAAGGAAGAUAACCGCGCGGUUCGGAAUAUACCGGAAGAUGAGCAGCUCCACGUUCUUCCACUCUACAAGAUCUCCGACAGGGAUGAGUUUGGUCGGGUUGAGGGACAAUGGGCCAAGAUCCAAUCCGGUGCCCUGCAGGUUCUGUCAUCCUUCCCCAGAGAGGUGCGUCUGCUAGCUGAGCCGGUGAAAUCAGCCCGGAAGAUAAGGCAAGAAGCUCGUUUGAAAGCUCAAGCUGAGAAGCUGGAGAAGAAGCUCGGGUUGAGCCCUCUUACUCCUACUAAAGUAAAGCGGGAAUCCCCCACCAAAGGUGAGCAACAUGCCCUUUACAACAAAAUAUUGCCACGCCCCGCCAGUGUGGAUCGGUGCCAGGCCGGCACUUACGGUCAAAGCUCCAGCAACUACCACCAACAGAGGGACCUCGUGUCCCCCAACCACCACCACCAGCCGCCCAGUGUUCUGUUUGGCCCCAACCGCUCGGUCCCGGUGUAUCAGACCACCAACGAGGCGCUGAGCGGUUACCCCGGUGGCUACCCCUGUACCUUUAAAUCUGAGCCCGGCGAGGCGCACUCUCCCCCGCGCAGACCCUCGGCCAGCGGGAGCGCCCCUCCGUCCUCCUCCUUCUCCCCUCGACCUACCUCUGAGGGCCUCUACAGCAGGCUGAACGGACUCCACGGCUUCGAGGAGGAAGUCAAGCAGGAGGAGGUGUGGUCGGACAGCGAGCACAACUUCCUGGACCACGACAUCGGCGGCGUGGCGGUGGCGCCCUCGCACGGCUCCAUCCUCAUCGAGUGCGCGCGGCGCGAGCUGCACGCCACCACGCCAAUCCUCAAACCCGACCGCCGGCACCCCACGCGCAUCUCCCUGGUCUUCUACCAGCACAAGUCCCUCAACGAGCCGGGCCACGGGAUGGCCAUGUGGGACGCCAAGAUGGCCAAGAGGGAGCGGGAGAGGGAGGAAGAGGAGGAGGAGGAGGAGAGAUUGAGGACGGAGGAGGGCGGGAGAGGGGACGGAGGGGAGAUGGAGGAUGGAGCGGGGGUGAACGGGAAGGACGCUUGGAAGGCCAGGGACGUCCCCACGCGGCAAACGUGGACGCUACCGAGGGACGGGGUCAUCACCGUGUCCCCUUACGCCCUCACACAAGUGACGGGUCCUUACAACAGCUGGACUUAGUCAACACACACACACACACAAACACACACUGUGCUUAUUUAUGCCUUACCUCAAUCAACUUGAGACUGCUUCUCUUGUUUUCUUUCUACCUGGUUUUAAUCAUGCGUUUAUGAUCCCUGUCUUUGGAAGGCUGUUUGAGUAUUUAUUCAGUAUCCUUGAUAUUACGUUUAUGGUCCACGUACUCGUACACUCUACAUUCUAAGGCAACUACAUGUUACCAGUGAGGCAAAACCGUACAUUACACUGCAAGAACUCAAAAUCCUACGAAGAAUAUUUGCCCUAUUUUAGUCAAUACCAAGAUUCAUCACCUAAAAAGUAACUUAUUUGUCGAAAAUGUUCAUUUUUGCAAGCUAAUUUUUACUUGAUAUAAGUAGAAAAAUAAUUGUCAGUGGGGUAAGUUUUUUUUUCUUAUUACAAUGACAAGUUUCUCUACUUAUUUCGUAAAAUUUUGCUUGACACAAGUGAAAAUUGUUGAUUUUUAGGUGAUCAGUCUUUUUCUGAUUCUGGUGAUUUUAUAAGUUAGACAAAACUGUGCACUAAUUGACAUCUGUGCACUACUCGUACUACUAGUGAAACGUUAGAUGUUAAUAGAAUUCUAUAAUGUCACUAGUAUUACUCAUAGCUCACAGUCGUCAACUAGUGCACAGUUUUGGUAACUUGCAGUCAUCUUACUAGUAUGCUAAAGUUGUCCUACUAGUGAGGACAAAGAAUGCACUAGUACACAUGCCUUUAAAUUGGGUUUCAAGGUUAUCAAAAAAAAAUGCUCAAACAAAUUUACUGAAAGCUGUUUGAGCAUUUAUUUGAUAUCAAGAUGCACACAUUAGUACACACUAGUAGGACAACUUUGGCAUACUAGCAGGACACCGAUGUGUUUCUAGAGAGGCAAAACUGUGCACUAAUUGACAACAGUGUAGCACACUAUGGAAAAAAAAAAGCUCUAGCGUUUAUUCAAUAUCCUUGAUAUCCAGCAAAAGGUCCAUGUACUAGUACGUUCUUUGUCCUCACAAGUAAAACAAUUCAAUGCACUAGUAGAACAACCAAGGCACUAGUAGGAGAAAGAAUCGUUGCUAGUAAGACACAGUCAUUCUAGGAUAUCGAAUAAAUACGCAAAUGGCUUGCUUGGUGCUCCUUCUUCUUCCUAGGCAAGGAAGAUCAAAGUAUUUGGGGGCUUUUUUUUAACUGUGAGUUUUAUGUUUGUUAAAGAGAUGGUGCUUUCAAGCAUUUAAAAGAUGUUUUUAAGAUUUUUUUUUAAACUGGUUUUAUAUAUACAAUAUAUACAGUAUACAGCAUAUAUGUAUACACACACGAUAAAGAACAAAAAACUUAAUUAUUUAUUUCUGAUCGUUUCUAUUUAAUUUCUGGUGUUAAGCCUGUUUACUGCAAGACUUCUAUGAUAACCUGUUGGAUCCAAAUUAGAAUUCCCCCAUCCAUUACACACUAUAUCAUGCAUAUAUUUUACUACAUAUUAUCUCAUGUAGCAUAAUGGCUUUACACAUCUGCUCCCUUGGUUUCUGUUGUUAACGAAAGAAAUUAUUUGUUUUCUGGAAGGUUGCUAUGAAGCACUUUGUUUUCCAUUUUCCCUCAAGCCUCACUUGAAAUAUAGUCCCAAACGUUAGGCCUAAUUAUGUAUGUACAGAUAGGGCUAUAUAUAUAUAUAUAUAUAUAUAUAUAUAUAUAUAUAUAUAUAUAUUACCAUUUUAUUUUACAGUAUUCUUGCAUUUUUUGAAAGAAAAAAAACACACCAUUCUUAGCAAUUAUGAUUUACGACAACAAUGAAGUGCUUAUCAUGAGUGGCAUGAUAUGUUCACCUUCUGGAAAUGGAAUUAUCAGCGUUGGGAUCAUAGGAUUUUGGAACUUUUUCUGACUCGCUGUACAUUUUAUUGGUGCUUGUUAAAACCUCUUUUUGUUAUAUAUGACAUCAUAUUGCCAGUUUGUACUUUACUUGCAUACAAAAAAAAGUGUAACUAAAAUGGGUGCACACAAUUUCCACCAUUUAAUUUUUUUUAAACGUUUGACUGGGAAAAUGCUAAAAUUUGGCCCAAUUAUUGGUGUGUGUACCCCUCAUUUCAGCUUUCGUUGAAGAAAAAAAAAACACUCCAGUCAUGACACCAUCAUUCAUUUAACAUUCACUGCCAGCCUUCCUAGUUAACAUGGAUAUUUGCCUUCUAAAGCCGUCAAUGGCAGUGAAUGUUUAAGCAGUUUUAGACUCUUAUCAUACUUCCUUCACAGCAUCUGAAUGAGUCUAAAUAGGGUGAUUUUAUUUUAUUUUAAAAUCCAAAACAUCAUUUUAAGGACUCUUGAAAGAAAUAUCUGCACAAAUGUCACAUUGUUGGUGACUGGUAACUUCCCCUUGGUGCUAAUAGGACAAGUUAGUUCACUGACUAAACAUGGUUUUAUACUCAAUACGGAUGGUGCUCUUUAAAAAAAAAAAAAAAAAAAAAAACUGUAUUGGAGUCUAUACAAAAGUAGUUUUGAUUUGGAACAACAAAUACACAAUGAAAUGAUUGUAAGUAUGUUUGGAAUCAGUUGAAGUACAGGAAACUCCACAAAAAACAACACUUGGAUUUAUUGUAUCAGUCCAAAUUACAAAACGACAUAGAAAGUGUUUUUUUUUUAAACCAACCAUAUGCUAUCACCAGCAUUUAAAAACUUGGAAAAAAAACGUUUUAAAAUAGUCAAAAUAUUGUGUAAAUAUGUAUGUGAACUAUAUUGUUUUUUACUGUGUGUAGACAAUGGAUGCUCUUCCUUAUUUUGCAACUGAAUUACUGUACGUGGCUAAAAAAAAAUAUAUCCAUUUUAGACUUGAGAAGAGACUAAAUUUUGCAUUUCUUUUAUGGAUGUCUGAUCUCUUUUGGGAUUGUGAAAUAAAGUCAUAUUUAUA